GUGUCCGUACAGAACAGUCGCACGAACUUUAUCUUACGCUUGCAUACUAUCACUCGAUUAGAGUCGAAACUUUUUCAAAGUUUUCAAAGUUUUUAUUUGAAUCCCAAUAAUCAAAACUAUCGCUACAAUGACCGCAACCGUGGCCUCAGUUGUUGACUCGCAGUCAGAUGUGCCGCGAAAAACCAUUUCUAAGACUUCUGAACACAGAAGAGCCACAAAACCAAUUAUGGAGAAGAAAAGGAGAGCCCGUAUUAACAACUCGUUGAAUGAGCUCAAAGUCCUCAUUCUGGACGCUCUCAACAAAGACCCGUCCCGUCACUCAAAGCUCGAAAAGGCCGACAUUCUCGAGAUGACUGUCCGACACUUGCAAAGCGUUCAGAGACAACAAAUGGCUUCUGCCAUCUCGACUGACCCGUCUGUCCUCAACAAAUACAGGGCCGGCUUUAACGAGUGCGCCACAGAAGUGGGCCGUUAUAUCGGUCGCGUCGAUGGCGUCGAAAAUACUCUUCGGCAACGAAUUCUAAACCAUUUGAACGCUUGUGUCACAAGUCUUAACACUGCGGCGAAUAUGGCCUCCAAUUCAUACGGCAAUCAGUCGAGGACUGGUAAUGCCUUCCCGGGAAUGAUGCCUCCCAACAACUCCCCGUUUGGCAACAAUACCCCACUUCACGUCCAAAUCCCAAUCCCCGCGGCAACCGCUGCCGCCAUCGCCGCCGGAAUUUUCCCCAAUUCUGGUCUCAAUAACAUCGGUUCCCAUUCGGGUGACAUUAACAACAACAUCGCGUCACCACUCAUGACCGCUGGACUCACCAUUGAUAACAAGGCUAACAUCCAUACGCCCCCUUCAUCGGCCUCCUCCACCUCCUCCUCGCACUUUACAUUCUCACUGCCACUACACCAGUGCUCUCCCCCUCUCAACCAUCACUUACUUCCCUUCCACCACAACCUCAACGUGAAUAUCAAUCAAAACAUAACUUCCAGCCAAUCAGCCAUUGGUUUGAGACACGGAUCGACCGGAUCGUGGAGUCAUAACUCAUGCCUGGAGUCACCGUUGGGUCAGAGCUCCAUCAGUCCAGUGGGCAGUUCUGUGGGCAGCGAACAGUUGAGUCCAUCUGGAAGUGAUGCCGACGUAGAGAUGGUUUUCGCUGGUCAUCACAACUCAUUGAAUGGUGACAGCGUUUGGAGGCCCUGGUAGUGGUCUUGUCCACAGCCCUCACAAUCAAAUCCAACUAUAGAUCUCUAUUAUGUAUAUUA